AAAGGAACACUUCCGGUCUGCGUCCAUUUCCGGGUUACAGCUAUUCCUGGAAGACAAGCAAUAUUUACUUGACACGGAUGUCAGCGAAUAUUUUGGAUUCAAGUCAUCCGGAGAGUUAAAUCAUCGAGGACCAACAUGGCGACCACCAUCAGCACCCAGCGGGGACAAGUGUACGUGGGCGAGCUUCCUCAGGACUUCCUGCGCAUCACGCCCACGCAGCAGCAACAGCAAGUGCAGAUGGACGCGCAGGCCGCCCGCCAGCUGCAGUACGGCGGCGCCAUCGGCACCGUGGGACGCCUGAGCAUCACCGUGGUGCAGGCCAAGUUGGCAAAGAAUUACGGGAUGACACGGAUGGAUCCAUACUGUCGCAUCCGCUUGGGCUACGCCGUGUACGAGACGCCUACGGCUCACAAUGGCGCCAAGAACCCGCGCUGGAACAAAGUGAUCCAGUGUACGGUGCCCCCUGGUGUCGACUCCUUCUACCUGGAGAUCUUCGAUGAGAGGGCGUUCUCCAUGGACGACCGCAUCGCGUGGACACACGUCACCAUUCCCGAGGGCCUGAGGGAGGGCAGCGUGGUGGAUGAGUGGUUCACACUCAGCGGCCGGCAGGGCGACGACAAGGAGGGCAUGAUCAACCUGGUCAUGUCUUUCUCUUCGUUCCCGGCAGGAGUGAUCCCUCAGCCCGUGGUCCUGAUGCCGUCUGUCUAUCAGCAAGGAGUCGGCUACGUGCCCAUCACAGGCAUGCCUUCAGUCUACAAUCAGGGCGUGUUGCCUGUGGCGGCGCCGGGGGCGGUGCAGGCCGGCGGCAUCCCAGGUGCGUCGUACAGCGAGGAGGACCUCAAGGGUCUGCAGGACAUGUUCCCAAACCUGGACCAGGAGGUGGUGCGCACGGUGCUGGAGGCUCAGCAGGGCAACAAGGACGCCGCCAUCAACUCGCUGCUGCAGAUGGCCGAGGAGCUCUAACAGCCCCGCAGGUCAUCUCCACGCCCUCGCUUGCUCCCUGUCCCGUUAUUUCCCUGCAUCGUCGUCAUAGACGUUUUUUUGUGCAGUGGUUUCCAUGACGACGGCAACGUCCUGUCAUGUAAGAAAGAAAAAAACAAGACUUGGUGGGAGGAGAUGCACUGAUGUGCAGCAAAGCCCCUCCUGUCACAUGACCUGCUCCCAGCCAAUCAGCUGCCAGGAGGAGCCACUCGCCAUGUUAGCUUGUGCUAAAGUAGAAAGAUGCUAAUCAUUGUUGACCAAAAGUGAGCUGUUUAUAUUUUCUUUUGAUCACUUCGGGCCCGGCCACACCAAACAUCUCCUUAGGGCCUCCUCCUGAAAGUGUCAGCUUUCUAUGUACCUGUAAAAAAUAAAGAUAUAUAUACAUGAACAA